UUGCCUUGAAAUAAUCUUUUCUGUGAAAAAUAAAAUAUGAAAGUUGCAUAAGGGAAAAUUCUAAUUCUGAGAGUAUUUGAAUUAUUGUGAGAGAAAAAAAAAUAGUUCUAUUAUUGUAGAAAGCACUGUAACUGUACCUUCCAAAAUAAAAAUGUAGCAGACGUUUAAAUUUUAUAUUAAACUGUAUCAGAUUUGAAGCAUCUAGCAUAUGCACUAAUAAUAUUCCAGAAUACGCCGCUAUGGGGUUUCAGCAAAUGUAUCUAUGACUGUUUUCAAGAAAUUUCUCUUUCUUUGUUUUUGUUUGAAAUUGUAAAUAAUAUUCGUGUAUUUGUCCAUUUACCCCGUUUUUUAUAUUGGUGGUUACGUACUGGAAAUUAAAAGUCUUUCACUAUGAAUUCUCAAACACAUACAAAUCAUACGUCAGCUUCUUUAGUGCAGAAAUUAGUAUGUCAUAUCACUAGAAAGCCUGCUGACUUAGUUAAAUUAGAAUAUCGUAAUGCUCUUCAAGUACUGAACUGUUCUUUCAUCAACUUCGAUAGCGACGAGUUUUCAAUAUGCGAAAAAAUAAAAAAGAAGUUCAUGAUGGAUGAAAGAGUUAAAGAUGCCUUAACAUUUGUUGAACUAUACCGUAAACUCCAAAGUACCUCAGUAUUAAAAAAUAAAGCAAGUGUAUUACAUUUGUUGUAUUGCUUAUAUGGAUUUGGUAGCGAAAAGUUAGACAUGGGCCAGUGUGUUGCUAGUUGCCCAAAAUUAGGAACUUUGAAUUCAGAUCCAUCAUUAAAAGUACAUGAUAUCAUUAAUAGACAAAUAAACAAAUCCUGUUCAAAUACUGCUGAUUUAACAGGACAGUUUCUAAAAAAUCCGAACAAAGAUCCCAUAACAGAUAUGCGAUUUCUUAAAUAUAUGAAUAAACCGAAUAUUUAUCAAGAUAAUUUAGAAUCUAUUCCAACAAGGGUUUCUCAAGUGGCUGCUAUGUUUGCUACUAGCACAGAAAAACAUUACAUUCUUCCAUCCAGUUUAAAACAAGAAUAUUUAAAUAAUACUAAAGCAACUGAUGAAUGUAAUUCGCAUCAUGCUGGCAACUCACUAGCAAGAAACCUAAGACCUGUUUUGCGUGAUAUAUUGUAUGUAAUUCAAGGUCUUAGAGGAGAUUUAUUAUUUUGGGAACCUGAAAAAAAUAAUUUCAGUGUAUCAUUUAAAGAUGAUUUUCCAAACCCAAUAAAAAGAUUAACACUGCGGUUUGUGGAAUUGGGUUGGAUGUAUUAUCGUAUUAAUGAGUAUUGUACAUCAGAAAGUUGGGAAAAGUCACAUGGACUUAUUGCACAGAGUUUUGUUGCUGCUCUAAAAUCAAAACUAAUUGAUUAUUAUAAAUUAAUUGCUGAAUUGGAAGCAUUUUUACUUCAAGAAAUCAGCUUAGAACAUUUAAAUACCAAUUCAAAUUCUUUAACUUUACAUAAAUUAUCCGUAUGGCUUUUUGAACCUCAUAUGCAGUUGAAAAUGCUUGCUUCUGUUGUAGAUGCCUGUAGAGGUAAAAAAGGAGGUGCUCUUGCAUCUAUUUUAUAUUCACAUUUGCAACAUGGAGACUAUUAUGUCAGAGAACUUAUCCAAUAUUUGCUGCAAGUUGCUACUCAGCCACUUUUUAAAAUGUUGAGUAGUUGGAUAUUUUGUGGUGAGUUAGAAGAUCCUUUUGGAGAAUUCUUAGUUGCUACUAAUAUUGGAAUUUCAGAUGUGUGCCUAUGGCAAGAAAAAUACUGCUUGAAUAAAUCUAUGAUUCCAUCAUUCAUAACUAUGGAGCAAGCAAGGAAAAUUCUUUCAACAGGUAAAGCAAUAAACUUUCUAAGACAGGUGUGCCAAGACAACACUUUUGUACGAGAUGAACAAAGACGCAUCAAAGCACUUGAACUAAUGAGCACUGAAUCUUUAUUUUCUCAUGAAAAAGGAGCAAAUUUUGAAAGCAUAUUAGAAAAAAAUUAUGUUAGAACUAGCAAAAUAGUCUUGCAAGUUUUGCAUGAGAAAUAUAAUUUAAUGGACCAUUUAUUGGCUAUGAGGAAUUAUUUCCUAUUAGGUCAGGGUGAUUUCAUCAGACAUUUGAUGGAUCUCUUAGAUGCUGAUUUAGCUAAACCCGUGAAAAAUGUAUACAUUCAUAACAUCACUGGAGUGUUAGAAAGUGCAAUAAGGGCCACUAAUGCCCAAUUUCAUAACCCAGAAGUAUUGCAAAGGUUAGAUGUUAGAUUAUUAGAUAUAUCUGUAAUAGGGGAUACGGGGUGGGAUGUAUUUACAUUGGAUUAUCAUGCUGGAGGUCCUAUUGGAACAGUUUUUACACCUCAUUGCAUGAAUUCUUACGUGAGACUUUUCACUGCUUUAUGGAGGGCUAAACGGAUGGAAUUCAUAUUGAAUAAAAUCUCUCAGUCUCGAGCAACUUAUCUGAAAUGGCAAACAAGAAUUCCAGAAGUCACUCCUGUUCUGCAUCAGUGCCACAUUACUUUAGCUCAAAUGGUACAUUUUGUGCAGCAAAUGGAGUACUAUAUGGCAUUUGAAGUUAUGGAAUGUUGCUGGGCUGAUUUAUUAUUAAAAAUAUCUUCUGCACAAGAUUUGGACCAGGUCAUUGCAGCACAUGAAAAUUUCUUAGAUACUUUAUUAACAAGAGCAUUGCUGGAUGAAGAAUCUUUAAUUCUUCGCACGCAGUUGAAGGCUAUUUAUGAUUUAAUUAUAGAUUUUGACAAAAUCCAAAGCUUAUUUUGGAAUCAUAUAAAAGAAGUUGUAGAGAAAUUAAAUGAUCAAGAUGAGCUUAACAACUCUAAUAUUAAUUCAGAGACAUGGAGUAUAUCUGCAAAACAAAAGAAAGAAUAUAAUGAACUUAUAGCAGUUUUGAAGAGUAAGCAUAUUCCUACUACAAAAGCUGAACUUAAAAUUUUGUCCCAUUCUUAUGAAGAUAUGGUACAAAAAUUUCUGAUUAUGUUAAAUGAUCAAGAUGACCCUAACCUUCGAUUUCUGAGCUUUCGUUUAGAUUUUAAUGAACAUUUUAAGAGAAAAAAUUCACGUCUUCAGACGUCACUUACUUACCAGAAUCGUAGAAAAUCAAUCAAGUAGAAAAUUUUCUUAUGUCCUUAUUGUCUCAGAAUGUUUCCUUAAUAUGAUAAUGAACAUCUGUGGUAUGUUUUGUUAUAAUAUAUGAAAUUUAGCAUGCAGUAGCUUAGUUCCAAGUUGUAUAUUAAUUUAAGAACUACUAUGCUUAUGUCACCUGUUCUGCAAAGUACAAAUGAACUAUUAUUAACUGUUUUGUUGUAUUUCUCUGCUACUGUUAACUGUCACUUUAAUAGAUUUUUCAGCUAAUCUUUGGAUUAUGGUAACUUGGUGAUUUUUUGGCGACUAACCCUGCUACAGCAACCUGCUAGUUUUUGUUUGGAUGCCAUUUUGUUUUCACGAAGUAAAGGCUUUUCUUUU